AUUCACCAGCCUUACUCGGAUUCACUAGACUUAAAGACGGCAAGCCCCCUGGCAGGUGCUGGCGCCUCCCAGAUUGUCUUGAAAGCCAUUCGAGCAACCCCUACUUCUAAUUUCAUUGACACACAAAGGUAACAAAGACUUCAGACCUGUAUAAUCAGCGUCAGUUACUUGCGAAGAUGACAAAAGAACAACAAACCUGGUUCAUCACUGGCUGCUCCAGUGGCUUCGGGGAGCAGUUUGUACGCCAGCUCCGCGCACGGGGUGACAACGUCAUCGCGACAGGCCGGAAUGCUGAAACCAAGCUUGCGCACUUGAAAGAUACCGGUGCCACUAUUCUUGAACUCGAUGUCACGGCACCUCAAGAAGAGUUGAACGCGAAGUUCCAACAGGCCAUUGACAUUUAUGGGGGAGUAGAUGUACUUGUGAACAACGCGGGGUACAUCCAAUGCGGGGCCAUCGAGGAGCUCACACCGGAGGAUAUGAAACGAUCCCUCGACACAAAUUUCCAUGGUCCUAUCAACCUGACCCGCGCCGCAUUGCCGCAUUUCCGCAGCAAGGGCGAAAAGGGUCAAGGUAUGAUCAUCUACAUGGGAUCGCAGUCUGGCUUCUGGGGAGAGCCUGCUGCGUCCGCGUAUUGCGCCAGUAAAUUUGCACUGGAAGGAGCCGUUGAAAGUCUCUCGAAAGAGCUAGGCUGGCUGGCACCGGGUAUCAAGCCUCUCAUUAUUGAAGCAGGCAUUUUCAGCACUGAAGUCAUGAGAAAUAUCAACCAUGUUCCUUACCGAGUCGAUUUCUACCGGGGCCUUAACGACGCGUGUCGCGUGCGCGGAGAGGGCAACUACCGCAACCCACCAGGCAAUGCGGUGGAUUUGAUUGCCAAGGUCAUCCAGAUUGCAAAGGGAGAGGGUAUUGCGGAAGGCAAAGAAAUCCCCUUGCGUGUGCCAUUUGGCAGUGAUUCUCUUGGGUUCCUUAAGGAGAAGGCGCGGGAUAUGAUGCGCAUUGCAGAGGAAUGGGAGGAAGUUGCUCGUAGCACCGAUUUUCCGGAUCACAAGGGGCCUAUGCCGGAUAUUCCGGCCUAAAGUGGGCACCUUGGGCCCUGUGGUAAGUCAUGGAGACUGUGAAAUGUUGUCUCACCUACAAAGAAAAUGAUGACUCUUGUUAUGUUCUCGCUACCGCGGAUAAAAGAACGUUCUGUACUUGCAGUAGAAUGCCCCUUAUUGCUCGAUGGUGACCUUAAGCUACAAUAUAUAAACGUAC